AUGUUUCAGUGCUACCUAUGCCAGAUGUUGCGUUGGAAUGAAGCUUCCGUCCUCCAAGACCCCUGCAACCCUGCAGUGACUCCCCUGGGUCGUUCUCGCAUCUGA